AAGGCUCAGCAGUAGUAGUAGUUAUAGUGUUGUCCGGCACCUGGAGAUCAGAAGACACCAGGCUUCGACUGUACUUUCCUUGUACUAGUAGUAGAGCAUCAACAGAACCUGCGUUUGGCGUGUGCCACAGCCUCACAAGUAAGGAAGAGAAAACCCCUGCUGAUCAGUUCAGUGGGUUCUUCAACUUUCAAGUUGCUGCUAUCCAAAGCGGUUCAGAGCUGUUGAUGUGCAGCAGGUGCUGUGCAUGUGUGCUCAUACUGAGCUAUACUGAGCGGUGUUCGAGCAGCAGGAGGGAGUGACUGAGAAGAUUGAAAAUUGUGCCUUGGUGUGGCUGAGUGCAGAAGUCAGUAGUCAGUGAAGAAAGCCUGAACAUGUUGUUCCGUGAUUGAGGUGUCCAUGCCUGCUACAGCGGGGGCACUAGUGUCGCUGCUGCACUCAUGGCGUCCUUGGCGUUGGAGACUACCAUCCAGGCUGGUGGCCAGCUGGUGUUGGCUACUAGAGACAAGCGACGACGACUACGGACUGACUACUGCACUGGCUACUGCACGGCCAGUGCCCAUCAAGAUGCGGUGCAGUAUGAUUCCAUUGCCCCCAGUGGAGGCAGAGCCUUGGCCGCCACUCCAGGCCAAACAGCCAACAGUAGCAGCAAUGGACUGGCAAUGCCUGCUCGGAACAGCAGGAGUAACAGCAGCAUGUCGAACGAAAGAGAUCGACCUGAAGGCAGUGCAGCAGGAAUGGGAGCAGUAGCAGCAGCAUUUGCCUCACCAUCAUCCAGCCCUUCAGAUGAUGGGUUGUUAAGGUCGGCUGUGGCAAGAAUGCAGACUUACAUGAUCGAGAUUCCUAGCAAAGUGUACGAGGCAUACAACUGGAGUCUGGAGACAGGGGAGGGACAUGAGGAGGCAGAUGGAGGUGUGCAAACUGCCGGGGCACAGGAGUCCGGCACAUACAGCACAGUCGGAUCAUCACGGAACAGAAGUGAUUCAGACUUGCACUGGGCAUCAUCAUCAUCACACGCGUAUGGCGAUGACGGAGCAGAUGGUUCUUCCGAUACCAGCAGUCAGCACACGGAUCAAGGGCAUGCAUGCAGCAGCAGAGCAACAUCGCCAGCACAAGCGAGACUGAGUUCUGACAGAGUGUUCCCUGCUCUGAUGCCCGGCGGUGCUCACAGCAAUUGGCUAACUCAUGCCUGUAACCAGAGUCGGGAAGACAGCAGCGUUUGUCCCAGGGAGGCAGAGAGCCAUGCUGCCGCUGGAGGAGCACCACCAGCAGCAGCAGCAGCAGCAGCAGCAGAGGGAGUCAAUAAACCGUAUGAUGUACCCGGCCUGCAGGGAAAGUAUGCGGGUCACUGCUGUAGGAUGCGGCGCUCUGGAAAGAUAGUGCUAGCACUAUGCGCUGUGAUAGUGUGUGCAUCGCUAGCACUAUCAGCAUCACUUUACUUUGGUCGCGGGCUGGGAGAUGGUCAGAAUCAUGGGGACCUUCAUCCCAAUCACCGUAGCACUGACGGUCCUGGGCUGGGAGAUGGUCAGAAUCAUGGGGAUCUUCAUCUCAAUAGCACUAAAGGCGCAGUCCCACCCACACCUGAAGAGGAAAUAUGUUACACAAGUAGCGAUCAUCUACCGAAUGGAACCGUGUACCACUUUAAUCAUAUAAAUGGCAACUUUACAGCCUUGCCUGCUGUAAUACAUCAAAAAGGCUGGCGUGGCCCACGCAUCCAAGUGAACAAGAGUAUAACCUGGGAUUGUGACAAGCAGUAUAGUUCACUAGUCAACAAAGCAUCAGAUAGGGUGCUCACCUGCCGGAAGGAUCCUAACGGCACUACCUACUGGCAGGGAAAAAACGACAAUGACUUGUCGUGUUUUGAUAUACACCAUGUUUGUCAGAACCCGCCUUUGCAUUAUAAUGGACCCGAUUCGCCACGUGUUAUCUUCAGCAAGCGUCAGUCAGUUUUUCUGGUCAACGAUGUAGUGAGCGUGUCGUGUCCACCAAACUACAGGCCGAUGAUCACUGAUUCAACGUACUUUAAAGGCUUCAGGCAUCCGUUUGAAGGUGGUCAGCUCCGGUGUCGCUAUCCUGGUCAGUGGGAGCCUCGAGGACUCGUAUAUUGCGAACGUAAAAAGGACCAAGAUAAGAUGGAAAUUUCCUACCUAGAGGAGUGGCACAGCAAAUGCAGGGCAGCUGCAAUGCCAGCCCUGCAGCAACUACAAGAGACUGGCCAGUUGGACAUAGUCAACUACGCGUUUGAUUAUCAAACCCGUGCGACGCCGCGUUGUCUCUUUCAAUGUUCUGAUGGCUACACCGGGAGGAACAAGGCCUGGGAGUGUGAGUUCAACGAGACAAGCAGACGUGUGCGAUGGACCUACUUCAAGUACAAAAGAUGGCAAGCGGGAAUAAUAUCGUGCCAACCCCGUACAUGUGUGGAUCCAACAAGCCUAGUCAGCGGCGACGGAAACGGAAGCGUCCGAACAAUAUCACCUGCCAGUGGUGGGUACAAGUACCGGGACACUGUCGAUUUGCAAUGCCAGGGCGUGUGGGCCCAUCGACCAGCCACGCUUGCCAGCAGGUACCAAACUGUGCGCGUUCAAUGCCAGUCUGAUGGCAGUUGGUCCCAAACUAACUUGUCAUGCUGGAAGUCCCCAUGCCGCCACAAGCAAUGCAGCGUUGAUUGCAGCCACUGGUUCCGACAAACAUCUCUAUCUGCUGACUCCAAUGUGCAUGUCUCACAUGUAUUUACCCGAGUUGGCUCUGACCACUCACUAAUUACCCUCACCGAAGACCAGUGCAGCGCCAAUCAGCAGCGCUUGACCUUUGGAAGCGGGGAGUUUCUGAAUGUGCGCUGUGAUCAAUCCCAGUCAUCGCAGACGUGUCGUCACUCGCCGUUCAGUGCUGACUUGGUGUUUGAAUGCAACGAUAGGACGUGCUCCUUGGAAGUUCCGGGCACUGGUGAAAGUGUCAAUUCUGCGCUUGCCACACGGAGAAGGGCAUGUGUUUCUCCAAGCGACCUGCAGCCAGUCGAUGGCUUGGAGAGGGUGAUGGAUGAACGAGACCGGAAUGGCCUUGACAAUGGCACAACCAUCUACUAUCGCUGCAAGGCGGGCUAUCAAAUGGAGGAAGGACACAGCGGUAUAGUGACUUGCGCUGAUGGCCGGUGGUCUGAUGCACCACACUGCUUUGCUGAAGAGCAAUGUGAUCGCAUCCGGCCAGCGCAGGAAUUCUUCGCCGACUAUCCGGUGUGCAGGACUGAGCGAAAGACACGUAGCAUAACUGGCGUAGCCGGUGUAACCACUGUAUCGUUCCUGGAAGAAAUCUGUGAGACAGGAUGUCAGCAGGGGGCACUCGGAAACGGCCAACUCGAGCAUUGGACGCUCCGAUGCACGCUCUUAGAAGACGGCACGUACGGAUGGAUUCACAAGAAUGUAACAUGCUGGGAGGGAUGCAGACGACCACCUACAGCCCCGCCUGGCGCUCGCAAAUCUCAGUGCUCCGCCGCUGGACAGCGGCAGUGUUCAACGGAGGGGGACUUCUUUCAGGCCGGCACAACUCUUACAUACAAUUGUCCGGGUGGCUGGAUCGAUCGGGCCUCGCCAGACUUCUCCACCAUGUGCAUUGGUGGCGACUGGACGGAAACUCUGCCACGUAUGCCCAGUUGCCGUCGAUGCAAGGCGUGCAAGGUCAAGAACCAGUGGCUGAGCGAGCACUAUAACAUCUCCACCGACGCAGCACACCUGGUCAGGUUCAAUGCCGAGCAGCGCAUCAAAAGAGUGAAGCAUGGCGGUGAGAUCACGGUGACAUGUGCCAGUGGCAGUGGUGACGUCACGCGCCGUCACCAAUGCUAUGAUGGACUGUGCAGACAGGACGCACGGACCGGCCGGGUCACCGGGCAAGCAACGCGGCGGUGGAGAGAAUCCCCGGUGACGUUUGAGUGCCAGUGUGAGCCAUCGUCUGGCCUGGCCAUUGUCUCAGCAGUGCGUGGACUGAAGUGUGAAGCUCUUCCACCGCAUCUUCAGCAAUUGGAAAACUGCACCGGCCGCUGUGAGGAGUGAGUGUGAUGAAAGCAGUGGGGCUCUGCGUGGUCAGUUCUAAACAACACGGCACAGCACCACCGCUGCACGGCAUGGUGUGGCACACGGUGUCGAGCAGGUCAUCGUCUUCAAGCAGUGCACCAUCGAACAUCACAAUGUACUGCUACAACUUAGACUCCCGGACACCAGUGCCAGGUGAUGUGCGCCGCAACCUCACACCAGGACUUCACUACACUCGCAACAUACUGAUCAAUGCACCCGACCCCGCAGUUCACUUCAACAUUUGCAGACAUUGGCUGAGGGAUUAACCAAUACGGCUGAGGCUACCUAAGAUGAUGUGACGACAAACAUGGGUCUACCACCUUUCUCCUUGGCGGAGACCUUAACCAAUGUUACCAUUGCAGCGGCAACUACAUGCCACUCGGUUGUACGCAACUGCCACGGUGCACGUCUUAUCAUGGAGGCAGCUAGUGAGGACUCCAGUCAAUGAUGAAAGAUGAUGUGGUACCUACACCAGCACGCCAGGCGUGCUGCAAACUCUAAACCCGGCAGCUACGGCCAGUGAAAAUUAUCGUAGCUAGAUCCAAGACCUACAUCAGGUGAGGGAGCCGAGUGUCGAUGCGAUUUGCAUUCAUGGCUACAUGCACUUGCAUCUUCUGAAUGAAACAAUGCCACAUGGGGCAUUGCCAUGUCAAUAUCAUUGGAGCAGAGCUCACCACACAGCGUAACGUGGUGUUAUGUUGUAAGCCGGUUGUGGCACUCUCGUAUCACUGCUGAGACUAUGUGCAUGGGGCUUUGAGCUGCACACCAACUACUCGCCAACUACACAUGGAGUAUGUCAUGGCCAGCAUCUGCCAGGUGACAAUGCUACGCUGAGCUGGCUGAAUCCAUACUGAUACCCGGUAGACUGAAUGCAGGCUCCUGAUGCACAACGUGGCAGUCAGGGUUCAUGUACAGUAUAACAGUUACUGAUGCUACUCAUGCUGAUGCUACUCAUGCUGAUGCUACUCAUGCUGAUGCUACUCAUGCUGAUGCUACUCAUGCUGAUGCUACUCAUGCUGAUGCUGACGGUUGCUGAUGCUACUCAUGCUGAUGCUACUCAUGCUGAUGCUACUCAUGCUGAUGCUACUCAUGCUGAUGCUACUCAUGCUGAUGCCACUCAUGCUGAUGCUACUCAUGCUGAUGCUGACGGUUGCUGAUGCUACUCAUGCUGAUGCUGACGGUUGCAGUCGACGAACUGCACCCAAUCCCAAGCAAAGCGGCAACCAGAUGAUCACAGGAUGUCAACCGCCGUACUGACCAGACUGACCGGCGUUUCCUGGUUGCAUAUUUGGAGGGUGCGUGCCCUCCUGGCCAUUCAGUAUAAUGAUAAAGCAGAGGAUAUGAUAUUGUUUGUGUUGGCAGUGGCACAUAGCGCUGAACUUCAUUGUCUCAGCAACUUUUCCUUAUGUUCCCCCUUUCACUUAGCAUAUGCUGUUUUUGAUAUGCUUGGUGAAGGCUAAGAGCAGCUGGUGAUCGUAGAUAUGUCGCAGUGUACAGCUGGCAAUUUCAUUAACACUCAGUCAUUGACUCCCAGGUAGCUGCUGCUAAAAACGCGAUGACAGAACUCAUUGGGGAAAACUAUUCUACUUGACCGCAAUCCUCAGCUCCUCAUGAUCUUUCUCCAGCCCUGUUUGACUAAGAGCGCAUCAAGGUGGACUGUCUCUCUUGGAAGCUAGCUUUCCUCAGAUAGAACAAGCUAGGUUGGCAUUCUCACAGGCGAAUGACCCUUGUUUAUUUAUUUAUUCAUAUGAGCUAUUUGAAGUACACAAAUUAAAAUCUGUGGCCGUAACUAUUAAAUACUUCAAGAUUUUUCAACACAGGUUUCUGCAUAUGAAUCAGUGAGAAUUUGAGUUUUAGGUAUGCUAUCUAACUCAAUUUGACCAAAAAUGCCAAUAGCACCCUUUUCUCAGCCUGAGGCUCCAAUAUGAAUGCAUGCUGUCGUGCCAAACCAUUAUUACUGCACUACAUCCUACGGAGUAUUUUAGUAUUAACUGGUGCUGCUAACCAAUCCAAUUCCUUUAAAAAUGGAGACAUCGUGUAGUUUUCCCUGGCACAGUACUGAGCAGGGAUUCGAGACCGUACAGAUCAUACACUGCACCUGCAAGUGUGUUUCAUCGUGGUACAGUAGAGCCGUGUGUCCAAGAACGUUGUUUCCAAGCCUGGGGUGUUCUUAUUUUUGUUCAGCAAUCUAGCUGCAUUCUUAGAAAUAAUUCGUACUGGAUCAUAUAAUAUGCUAUAAUAUCUAUCCCAAAAGCUGCCGGAAAACUAGCACCUCCAUUCUUAACUUUAGGCUGUGGCGUUCUUAGCAUUUCAGGCUGGACGUUUUGGGCUCAACGUCCUUCGGCGCGCGACUACUGUAUGUUGCUGGUUGAUUCCAUUCCGUAUGCGGGCCAGUAGCAGGGCAUUUUGAGAUUAGUCUACCAAGCAACUAGCGUACAUCUUGUUUUCUCUAGCACUACAAUGCUGCUCAACAAAAUCCAA